UAUUUUAAAUUACAUAGUACGCUAACACUUAAUAAACCAUUUAUAUUUUCAAUGAGAAAUAGUUUUUAUAAUUUUAUCAAAAUUUAAUUGCGUGGUAUACGUAUUUUAAAAUAAUAACAAUGUUUUUAAUAAUUACGAAAUAAAUCUUCUACCGCCUAAUAGAAAUGAAUUAUUCUACUGCAUUCAUAUUUUUCUUAUUAUCUUUAGCAACUAAUGGACAGCCAGAAAUAAAAGGUAAAAAAUUUACAAUUAAAUUUUUAAACUCAUUUUUACAAAGUAGCAAAUGGAGAAUUGCACAAAGGACAAUGAUAGACUACAAAAAAAAUGAGGAAAAAAUUCGUACUGAUGAACUAUUGAUUGAUGAAAAAAAUUGUUAUAGAGGAGCCAUUGUCGAUAAUAACAAUGUCGAAGAUAAACUAAGAAAAACAAUAUUACUUGUUAAUAUAGAGUACAGUGUUAGUUUUGCAUGGAUCGUGUAUCAUUUAAAUGAAAUAAAUUGUGACUGUAGUUAUUAUAGAGAUACACUAUAUUUCCCACGUUGUGUAGAAUUAAUAAAAUCAAGUAUUGCCAUUUCUAAACAUAUUAUAAUACGUUUUAUCAGUGCAAUAAAUUUCCUAAUGACUUUGUUAGAUAUUGAUACCAAACCAUCUAUUUUAGAUAUCUUACAAAAUUUUAUUACACUGGUAAACCAAGUAAAACAUGACGAAAAGAACGACAACACAAUUAUGAAGAGUAUUGAUGAUGCAUUUCGUUUCAAAUUCACUUACGAGAAAAAUGUAUAUGAAGUUCUCAAAAGUCAAAGUAUUAAUAAAAAUGAUCUUGAUUUUUUCAAUCCAGUAUUAUAUGAAAUUGACAUAAAUUUAAAUAAAGAAUAUGAAAAUUACACUUACUUUGAGUAUAUAGAAAUGCACUUAAGAAAUUAUAUUGAGUAUAACAUUAAUAGACUGUACAAUAAUCUUGGCUUUUCAUAUAAUGAAGAAACAAAAAUUACUUCUUAUGUAUACAAUUGGGAACAAUAAACUGAUUUUAUAUAAAUUUUAUUAUAUAAUAAUUAAAUAUAGGUAUCCGUAAAUAUUUUAUAUACAUUAUAUAACAUAUUUCAAAUAAAUUUAAAUAAUUCAGUCAUUCAGUUAAUUUUUUUUAUGGUGUAACAUGAUUUUUAUUUCAAUGAAUAUUAUUUUUUUAACCGAGUAAAU